CAGAUGACGUUAAAUAAAAUGCUGAAGAGCAUCCUCUUCAGUACUAGUGUAUUCUCGAUAGCAACUGCACUGCCUCUGGACGAUUUCUCUGAUAUUCAGGGACCGUACUGCGAGACAAUAGGAUGCUGCCAAGACAGACACGAUGGCUGUUCCGUGCCUGUGUUGGGUACGUUAUGUUACUGUGAUGAGUUUUGCUCCCACAUGGAGGUUGAAGACUGCUGUCCAGAUUUCUACCCGGUAUGCAGGAAUAUAAAUAUCACCACGACCAUAAGGCCGUUCGUCACUACCAGAAGACCUCAACCUCCUCCCCAAUCAAGUACUUCUUGCUUAUGGAACGGACGGACACUAUUCUACAAGCAGAAAGUUAAAGAUAACUGUAAUAUAUGUGAAUGCACUGAUGUUGGCGGUAGACUGGAAAUGUUAUGCGAGAGGAACGUGUGUCUGAUCGAUACAAAUAUCAUCGAAUCGGUGAAUUUAGAACAAGAUAUGUUAGGAUGGAGAGCUACGAAUUACUCAGAAUUCUGGGGAAGGACUUUAGACGAAGGUGUCCGAUACAGAUUGGGAACGUUAAUUCCUCAGGCAUUCGUAAUGCACAUGAAUCCAGUACGUAGGAUCUACGAUAUCCAUUCGCUGCCAAGGAGCUUCGAUUCCGAAACCAAAUGGCCAAGGUACAUCAGCGGAAUUCAAGAUCAAGGAUGGUGCGGCGCUUCCUGGGCUAUUUCAACAGCUGCCGUUGCAUCAGAUAGGUACGCGAUUGUAUCUAAGGGACUGGAGGAAGUAAAGCUAAGUGCUCAAAAUCUCCUUUCUUGCGACACGAUGGGUCAACAAAGUUGCGAAGGUGGACAUUUGGAUAGAGCUUGGUCAUUCACGAAAAAGUUUGGCCUAGUUGACGAGGAAUGUUUCCCAUACGUAGCAGAAAAUGAACCCUGUACAAUCAGGAGAAGCGGGAAACUGGUUGAAUCCGGAUGUAAACCGCCAAGGUUCAGUGAAAGAACCAGAAGAUAUUCCGUGGGACCGGCGUAUAGGUUAGGAAAUGAAACUGAUAUCAUGUAUGAGAUCAUCAAAUCAGGACCUGUCCAAGCGACAAUGAAGGUGUACCAUGACUUCUAUUCGUACGAAGGUGGUAUCUACAGGCACACAGACUUCGGUAUUGGGCAGCAAACUGGAUAUCUUUCUGUCAGGAUCGUUGGGUGGGGUGAAGAAUACACAAGUAGGGGUGUCCAGAAAUAUUGGAAAGUGGCGAAUAGCUGGGGCAGCCAAUGGGGAGAAAACGGUUACUUCAAGAUUCUGAAAGGAGUCAACGAGUGCGAAGUAGAAUCUUUUGUUCUUGGGGCAUGGCCACGUGUCGAUAGGAAGAUUCUCCUAGCGCAUGGACAGCGAAACUCGAAUAGAAUUUAACACAAUUCUGUGUUCAGUACUUAGAUUAGUAUUUUUAAGCUCGUAGAUACUAUUUUGAAGCUGCCAUGGUAUUUAAGUUUGUACAUUUCAGAUCUUUACCCAAUUUUGGAUAUUUAAAUACCGUUAUCCAAUUGACAUGAGCAUCGUUGCCCAUGUUUAAAGAAAAAUUUUCAAGAUUAAUCUACCCCGAUACGGAUACACUAACUGUAGGACCUUAUAAAAAUAUUUCUUUUCAUUUAGAAUAAAUAAUACAACAUACGUCAAACGAGGAAAAGUUUCUCGGGUAACGUUUUAUAUGAACGGCCUAUAUCUAACUAUAAUUUAUUUUUUAUACCAGACAUUGCCUUACCCUUAAUUUAUUUUUUAGUGUACUCCACGCAUUUCAGGUAGGUGCUAGGUCAGUAUUUCAUAGAUUUGCAUAAUAAAACAUUCUUUGUUAUAAUACCAGUGAUCAAAAGUGGAACACCGAUAUAUUUGAAUAGUUGUUAUUAUCGUAUACGUCAUUAUCAUUUGACAUAUUUGAAAUUAAUGUUCCACUUCAGAAUCCAGCUGCCAUUAGAUAUAUGUAAAAUCAGUGAUUUUUAUUAGAAAUUGUAUACUAAGACAGUGUAAUCGUAACUAAGAGUGUAAUAUAUUUUUAGAAAGCUUUUAUUUUACA